AUGAAGCGCCGCAACUGGCAACUCUACGAGCGCUACUGGUUGCUGGAUGACGACCAGCAUCACAGAUUGCGGCCGCUGAAUUGCCCCUUCGAGUACCCAUACUUCACCUCUCACAAGAUGGUGAGCACCAUCAACGGCUUGAUAUGCAUAUCCGGAUCGGGAGAAACAUCUGGGAAUUCUGAACUUUCCCUACCCAUCAUACUAUGGAACCCCAGCGUGCGGAGGCAUGUCGUCUUACCAGAUUUUCCGCCCCUCGAUGAAGGACAAGAAGAAGCCGACUACACGUCGGUUGAAUUUGGAUACGAGGCCACCACCGACGACUACAAAGUUGUGGUCAUGAGAAGUGGUAGGUAUGUACGAGGACAUUUGGUGGCCCAUGUUUACUCCUUGAAUUCAAAUACGUGGCGGAGGGUGGAUGUGGGCCCUGCUAUGCGCACAGGAGGAGGAAACAGGAGACUAUAUUGCACAGGUGCUUUCGUUAGAGGCAAGAUCCAUUGGCUUGUCACACGUGACUAUGAGAUAAAGGUAGGACGACAUAUCUUUUCGUGCCUUUAUUCCUUCGAUGUGAAGGACGAAGUUUUUGCAAAGAUAGCGUUGCCACCAGAGGACCCGACCCGCGAUAAGUGUACUUAUUUUCCGCAUGUUACUUUAGUGGAGGACUCGUUGUGCGUGAUUGAUUCUCCGACUUUGCCCUCUACCAUUUGGAUGCUCAAGAAAGAGGGAUCUGCAACGUCUUAUUCUUGGACCAAAUUGUACAGUCUCGACCCCAUUGCCGAAAUAUUUUCGGCUAAAUUGGUUGUCUAUUUGAAGAAUGGUGAGUUCCUCUUGGACACGCACAUGGAUUGGGAUGAUUGUUGCACCUUCAAGGUGUAUGAGCCUGGAUCGAGACGGUGUACACUUCUUCAGAAACGCUCCGACCAAAAACAUUUUGUGCCUCAUGCGUUGGUCAAUCACCACGAAAGUCUCGUUUUUCUCGACCGCCGCAUCAGGGCAGUGCGUGCAGAGGAGGAUCCAACGUCGAGUAGGGGAAGAGUCCAGAUACGGCAAAGCUGUUGGUCUUGUGAAGUUCUAAUCACAAAAGACACAACUAAAAUAGGAAAAUGA